AACCGGUUCCACCCACAAACCCACAUCAAAUCAAACAGUACAGUACAGUAGGUGUUUGUUUGUUGUGUUUUGACGCCGGGGCCGGGUUGUCUAUAAAUAGUCGUGUCCUUCGGAUGUUUGGGGUCGUAUUGAAAGCUGAAAUUAACAUUGCAGAUUCAGAUUCAAGAUGACUCCUUUAAUCAAAUUAUCUGGAAACCUGGGACAACGACAUCGGUCCUUCAACACUUUGGUCCAUGAUGCUUAUCUCCAAAACACACCCAUCUCAGAUCAGAAAUUUCCCGAAGAAUCUGCCUUAGACCGACUCUUCAAGAUAGACCUGGCUUCAAAGAAAAAGAACAUAGACUACAUAAUUGGCACCCUUAAAGAUGAUGAUAUGUUGUAUGUGAGCAGAGCUUUAAAAAGCCUAUGGCUUCUAGACCCAGAGCAUUCGAAGAUAAUUAACCCGAGUUUCCUGGAACAUGAACUCUUCCCCCAGAUGACACUACCAGCUGUGAACAAGAUGAGACACUGGAUCCAGAUGCAUUUAAAAGAUCCACAAAGAUGUAAAGAGUUUUAUCAGUUUUACAAAGAUAGGAACUUUGAUAUUGCUGCCAAAUUUCUCUGGCAUUGUUCCAACGAAUAUGUAUUAGGUGAAUUCAGUGAUAUUUUGGACAAAAUCACGCCGAAGCUUUUGAAACGGCUCAGCGAAAAGAGUCCUCAAAUAACGAAAAUUUAUUACGAUAAUUUAAAGGACGAUCAAAAGAUUUUAAAAUAUUAUCUUGAAAACGAUUCCAAGUUUUUCGAUACUGUAAAAUAUCUUCUAAAAUCGGAUGCUGAUGUAUUUUUCUAUAUAAUAGAAAACUUCUUCCUUCAUCAGAAAUUCAGUGCCAUGAACGCUGCAUUUUCUAAGUAUAUAAUGAGAAAUCAUAAAAACAGAUUUCAGUGUAAGCCAGAGUUGUACACUGUAUGGUUUCUCGAUAUGAAAACAGUAGCGCAACAUUUAAGUCCAGAAGAAAUCAAGGAUGUGGUGUUGAAACUAGCAAGAGCAGAGUAUUUGAAGUCUUGGUUUACAUACCAAAACGUGGAGCCCCUAAUAAAACGCUUAAGUAAAGAUGAAAGAACAGUCUUCAAGAAAUUAGUAUUCGUUGAUAAAGCAUUUGGAGCCACUGUAAAAGAAUGGCCGUAUCCGAUACCAAUUCCGCCAAGGUUACCAACAAGCCAGACAAGCCUAUUUGAUGAUGCGAGCCUUACCUUUUUUGACCUAUAUUACGACGAAAUCUGUUUAACGGGUUGUGAAAUGUCUUUUCGAGCAAAACGGAAACCUGCUAAAUGGAAAUGCGAGAAAACGCUUCUGGACCAGCUGUUUAAUAAUUACCGGUUCUCCAAUUACAAACAAACUUACAACGAACUCAAAAAACAAUUGAGAGCGGAGAGCUCUCCACAGAACCGGCAGUACAUGCUGCUUGUUCUCGUGAGCAAGACUGGCGGACGGACUGAAGAUCUAGUGUCUUUGUUAGAUCUUCUAUCACAGUACAAGAAUGAGCCCAUCCAUAUCCGAGCUGCUAUAAUCAGGAGCUUGGUGAAGCGAGCGUUCGUGUGGCGUCUGCCGAGCGAGCAUUGGGCGAGACUCUUAGGAUGGGGGCACGGACUGGGUUUAGAUGGAAGUGACCAUGAAGCGGACUGCCGUGAGGGACUACAUGCAGUUGUAAUACGAGACUUGCUCGCUAACGUUAAGCCGAGUCAGGCAGUUUGGGAAAAGUUUUUGUCCGACUUCGAGACUCUAAAGGAAUAUUCUUUAACGGUCGAAGAGCGUAGUCGCGUUAGUGCUCGUCUGCCGGCGUUGCUUCUAGAAGACGCUCAGUCUGAGCCAGAAAAACCAAAAUUAAAGCAAUUGCAGUAUUUGUUAAAUACCCUUAGUGCAUACUGCAUGCGGUAUGACUAUUACCCUGGUACAACCGAUGCAAUAGAAUCAGCUGUCAAGUAUUAUUGGAAUUCUGAUGAUGAAUUGCGAAGAGAUACUGAAUGGCUGCUCAGUCAACUUUAUGGCGCUAGAGUGGCGAGAAAACAUUUUAUAAAAGAAUUCUUUGAAAUGUGUCAAACUGACGAGUCUUAUGUCAAUGCACUGCGACAUGAUGUAUCUAUUCUCAAAGAUACUGAAAAAUUGGAAAAAAUUAUCGACGCUAAAAAUUUGCAACAUGAAAGGUUUUUUCAGAAAUUAGCGGUUUUCUACAUGGAGAAAGACGGGUUGGGAGAACGGUAUCGCGUCUUGCUAGAACAUCGAGCAACUUCUGAGGUCGACAAAACAGUAGCAAAAGCUAAGGCUUGCUUUUCAAACGAAUCUGGAACUAAACCAUUACCAGGACGUCAAAUGCUAGCUAAGUCAUUGGCAAUGCUUGCAGGGUCAAAGUUUCCAUCCCUUCUAAAAACAUUUGAUGAAGCGCCGCCCAAAACAGCUAAGCGACAACUGGCUGCCGCUUUAAGAGCUAACGCACACUUUGUUAGACCAGCUUUUGAUUUGAAAUCCUUCGGAUGGCGUAAAGCAGGAGCGAAGGCUGUAGCCAUCCAAGUAGCUAUAUGCAGACAAAACGAUGUGGAAGAGUAUCUUACUGAGACUUUGUCCUGGAGGCGUACGUUCCGACUAGCACUGCUACUAGCGAGACGAAUUGAUAAAGAACAGGAGGUAUUCAAAGUAUAUUCUUCUGAAAGACCUAAUAAAGCGCUCCAAGCGGCAUUGCGAUACUUCCGUUAUAAGGGAGACAAAUCGGACCUAAGUGUUUGGGAUAUGGUGAAGUCUCGUAUUUCUGAAGCAGAGCCUCGGCAAUUGCGUUCGUACUUGGAAUUAACAGAGUCAGUACCGGAAGCUAUUAAAGCCGAAUAUUGCUUCCUUGUCUUCUUAGCAUUUAAAAAGCGUGUGCCUGAUAUGGAGAGGCAUACUUUUUCGAAAAUCCCUGCUAUUUUACCAGAGUUAGAUGAGAAAUAUAUUUUCGAAACGAACGAUUCUUUACUCGAGGAAUAUUUUCCGCUGAAUGAAAUGGAUUAUAAUAAAAGGAAAUGCACUUUUGACUAUACUCAGAUAAUUGCCAAAUUCCUUAUUCUUAGUACUACUGAAAAUAUGUUGGAGGAAAGAUUUAGUAAGGUUGGAUUGCCAUUACUCAAUCGACUGGAAUGGCUGUGGACAAAAUCUGCCUGUAAUAAUCAUCCUGAUCAAUAUUAUCUUGAUUAUUUUCUGUUUUACCUAAAAUACAACAUAGCUUAUUUCAAUCCUAAAUACGUAUCUUGUGUGCCUGUGUUGGAGAAAAUCACUGAAUGGAUGCACGGUUUUCUGCCAAUAGAGAAGUGGUUUGAGAAAUACGUAUCUGUGCAUUUAACUAUGAUCUAUUUUAAAACCGUCAGACACUGCAUUAAUGAACACCCAGAGUUAUUCGAGGAAUCUAAAAAACUAGAAGGUGCAUGUAUGUUGGGAACAAUUUUCGGCAAAUUUAUAGCAAACGAGAUAGAAGAAAUAAAUAAAAAAUAUUUCCUUACUAUAACGGAAGUGUAUGCUGCAGAUCUUGUGGGAUAUUUUAAUAUGUAUUUUUAUCGUAAAUUUGAUGAAAGUGUGGAGAAAUUCACAAUAGCAGUCUUAAAUGGACUGCUGUCGAAUAAAUCGUUAGCUUCAUGCUUUCUUGCAAAAUAUGCUCUUCAGCAAUUUCGGGAUCGAUUAAAAAGGGAUUAUGUGAUCGACAUUUUAAACAAAUUUAAGGAGAGCGAGCUCAAAGAAUUGUGUUUUGCGCAUGCUAUUGAAUGAUAUAUGUAUACUCGUAUAUGUGAUUUUUUAAUUUGCUUAAGUACUCACAACAGUCACAACGCGUUAUGCUUAAACUGUAGUUAGGUUUAAAAGUAUUAAGGUGCGACCAGACCGCAACUUAAAAAACGGCCACGAUACGGAAUCACAGUGACGCGUCGUAUGCGUACCGGUUUUGACGCAUGCUCCCCUCACCGCUGCUUAAAAUACGCUGACGCACCGUAAAUUGAUCUGCGUAAAAAUCGCAAAAAAUAUUACACGGAGAUCUUAUGGCAGACACCACACCGAUGACGUAAAAGACGCAAAGAUUUGCGAACAAAAAAGAUUCGCGUGAAGCACGUCACUGCGAUUCCGUACCGUCACCGUUUUUUAAGCAGCGGUGUGGGGAGCAUGCGUGAAAAACGGUACGCAUACGACGCGUCACUGCGAUUCCGUAUCGUGACCGUUUUUUAAGCUGCGGUCUGGUCGCACCUUUAUAUAUUUUUAGUUUUUACAUAUAUAUAUUUUUUUGUGUUAAUUGUGAAACAUAUUUGCUUUGAUAUAAAAAGCAAUGUAAGUCAUAUAAUACCUGAAUACCUUCAUAAUUAUAUAAGGAUUAUUAAGGAUAAAUAAUGUUAAUUAAAGUUGAUUAAAAUAAAACACUAUUGUAUU